UGGGCAGCUGGACUGUGUGCCGUCAGUCAGAGUGCUAUCUGCUGCUGUGUACAGCAAUGCUUCCGCACGCUGUAUUACUUCUCUGCCUUUUGCUGGCAUCUACCUCUGCCAGUCCUGUGAGGAGAGACACAGAGAGCACACAGGCAUCUCCAGGAAAGAAAAAGGACCUUGACAUCUACAGCUUCCACAUCAAGUCUGCAGUCAGCAGCCGCUAUGCCAUGACUGUCAUUACCAGCCGAGUUGCCAACCGCGCCAACAAGUCCCAAGAGGUGCUCUUCCAUGUGGAGCUGCCCAAAAAUGCCUUCAUCAGCAAGUUUAGCAUGAAUAUGGAUGGGCGUGUCUAUGACGGGGUGGUGAAGAAGAAGGAGGAGGCACAGUCACAGUACACAGAGGCUGUCUCCCGUGGUCAGAGUGCUGGGCUCGUCAGUGCGGUAGGCCGGACUCUUGAGGAGUUCCAGACCUCAGUGACAGUGGCAGCCCACAGUAAAGUGACAUUUGAGCUGACCUAUGAGGAACUGCUAAAGCGGAGACUGGGCCAGUAUGAGCUGCUUAUCAAAGCCCGCCCCACUCAAGUUGUCAAAGACUUCAAGAUUGAGGUGAGAGUUUUUGAGCAGCAGGGCAUCGCGUUCCUGAAAACCCAGGGCUCUCUGAUCGCCGAGGGUCGGUCCAGUGCCCUGAACACCACUGUGUCAGAGAAAGAGGCAUUGGUGCAGUUCACUCCCUCCCUGGAACAACAGUGCCCCAGCUGUGGGGAUGCAGGACUUAAUGGAGAUCUGCUUCUCACCUAUGAUGUCAACAGGCCCCAGUCAAAGGGAGAAAUACAGGUGUCUCGGGGAUACUUUGUCCAUUACUUUGCUCCCACUGGCCUCCCUCGCAUUCCCAAAAAUGUAGUGUUCAUUAUCGACCAGAGUGGCUCCAUGCAUGGCCGCAAGAUAGAACAGACUCGUGAGGCACUGCUGAAGAUUCUGGGAGACAUACCUGAAGAGGAUCAUUUUGGCCUGAUCACUUUUGAUAAUCAGGUGUUCCCCUGGAAAACUGACCUGGUCCCAGCCACCUCUGACUACCUGUCUGCUGCCCGCACCUUUGUCAAGGGCAUCAUGGACAGAGGCUCGACGGACAUAAACGAAGCGCUGCUGCAGGGGGUGCAAAUGCUGAACCGCUUCAAAGAGACCCACCCUCAAAAGGAUACUGCCUCCAUCCUCAUACUGCUCACCGAUGGAGAUCCCACCUCUGGAGUGACCAACCUGAAGCAGAUCCAGACCAACGUGAAGGAAGCUAUCGGGAAGAAAUACACACUCUACUGUCUGGGCUUCGGUUUUGACGUCAACUAUGAGUUCCUGGAAAAGAUGGCACUGGAGAAUGAGGGUGUAGCCAGGAGAAUCUACUCUGACUCAGAUGCAGCCCUGCAGCUGCAGGGGUUCUAUGAGGAAGUGGCCACACCUCUCUUGCUGAACAUUCGGCUGAACUACACCGGUGUGUCCAACCUCACCCAAACCCAGUUUGCCCAGUAUUACAACGGUUCCGAGAUUGUGGUCUGCGGUCUGGUCACAGACAACGACUUGGAAGCACUCACAGCAGAGGUCAAGGCUAACACGAAGGAUGAGGCGGUUGUAUUCCGGGCCACCUUGGAGGACCAAAAGGCCAUGUCUGAGAUUAUGGACUUAUACAUCUUUGAGAUGUAUAUCCAGAGACUGUGGGCCUAUCUCACCGUGCAGCAGCACCUGGAGAAAAUGCUAUUGUUGACAGGAGAUGAGAAGUCUCAUAUGAAAGAGCAGGCCCUGGCCCUGGCUCUGAAGUACAGCUUUGUGACUCCCCUCACGUCCAUGGUAGUCACCAAGCCUGAGGGUGAACAGCAGGUGGCCCACAAACCCAAGGAGGGCAAGGAGGGCCAAGGGGGAUCUGUCCUCAACCAGAGAAUUUCAGGGGGCUUAUCUUCACCUCCUAUGUUCGUGGUGCAGCCAGGGUUGCCAGGCCCAAUUGGAUCUCACCACGCCUAUCUAGGACGUCCCCUGCACCACCCAGGCCUUGGAAGUCGGCCUGGCCAAAAAGGUUCAUCUGGCCAACGAGUUUUUAUAGGUCUGUCUGCCCACCCAGCCUCUUUUUCUGUCCCCUCUGAAUGUUUUGCCCUUAUAGGUCUGCCUGCCCCACCAGGUCCGCCUGGCCCACCAGGUUUAUUUGCAUCACAGAUGGGCUAUCUAGACCGCCCCGAUUAUGGUAUUCGGUAUUUACUUAUGGAGCCAGAUGACAUUAGCGAUACAGUACCAGCAGCAACUGUUGUCAGUCCCCAAAAAUUCAGGUUCCUCCUCCCUGCCCUCAGCUAUGGGCCCCUCACGUCCCCCAGGCCUGACAUAAUCUGCUUUGACUUGGACGUUCAAGGGGAGCCUAUCUUUCGUCUGAUGGAGGACAGACCUGCAGAACUCGUCAUCACGGGACAGGUGAGAGGGACGGGCCAGAAGGGGUUCAGCGCCAUCUCUCUUCGCAUGGGCCAGGCCUGGCACAUGCAGGUCAACACCACUACCAUCACACUUGGCACGGACCAAUACUCCUGGACCCAUAAAAACUCUGCCAUUGUUGAUAAGGACAGUGUAUGGAUCCAUCACACGGACAGGCUGCUGGACAUGCGUUGGGCAGAGGUGUCCAUCAAAAUCCUGCUCCACCAAGAGGGAGGGGAUUACUUCUUGUGGCCAGACAUCACUGGAUCUACUAAAAUUUUUACUGGGCUGAUAGGAUGGCUCCAAGGUGGUCAUGUAGAAAAGCAUACAGCCCCUAUGUCAGCUGAUCUCCACAUCCAAGGACUAGUGGUGCCAGCAUCCAGGGACACUGCUGUGGACUAUAGAAUCCUCUCCAUGCCCACUGUGGACUGCUGGCUGUUCCAAUAUCGAUCAGUCCUCCAGGGGAACCUGAGUCACCUUAUGCUACCCACACUUUAGAGAACAGUGCAUUCUAGGAUAGCUGACAUUAGCUUAUUGCUGUCUGUGAUGAGGGCAUCUUGCAGAAUGAUUUUCCUAAACCAGGAAGUAGAAACGAAGCUUUCACACUAACACUGCUUUACCAAGAUGUUUUUUACUGUCUUAUAGCUUGAGAAAAAACACAAAUGAAAUUGUAUCUGAAAAAAAAUGUGUUAAUUCAGCUGAAGCAAAUGUUUAGAGUAGCUACUAUGGUUGAGUUCAUGCAAAAAACAUAAAAUGAUUUCUCCACUUGAUGAGAGUAGACACGUAUUUUUUCACAGCACAUACUAAAGGUUCCUGGUGUUGAAUGAA